CUGGGUUAAGUGGGGAGCUGUAGAAUGGAAGUGGGGCCCUAGAUUGAGAUUAUCACUGAGGAUGGGGUAAGUGGGGCAUAGCGAGAUUUUAAAAUGACUCUGGGAUUAGGACUCGACUGUUGCUGAGUUAAGUGAGACUUUGGAGUGGUUUAUGGACGCGUGGGACUUUAAAUUGGAUCUGGAUAAGUGGAACUUUAUAAUGGCUCUUAGGAAAGUGGAGUUCUGGAUUGUGAUGAGUAAAAUGCGAACUUUUUACUCUGGCUCUGGGGUAACUGGAACUGCAGAACAGUACAGAGUUAAGUGGGACUUUAGAAUGACUUUGGGGUAACUGAGACUCUAGAUUGGUGCUGAGUUAAUGGUACUUUGCUGUGGCUUUAGGCUAAAUGUGGCUGUAGAUUGGUGCUGAGGUAACUGGAGCUCUAAAACUACACUUGGGCAUUUUGGGGCUUUCAGAUGGUGCUGGAGAAAAUGAGGCACUAGAUUAGUGCAGUGAUAAUUAGAGAUCUUAUUUGUGUCCUUUGCUUCUCCAGUUGUCUUCACAGACCAGUUAGGAGAAGAUGACACCCAGUUGUUCAGGGCUCAUUUUGGGAUGCAAAUGUAUUCCUGUUUUCUGCUGUAAGAAGUUUUUUUUUUUUUUUUGGUCUGUGUAGGUUUGUUCUCUUGAAAUUUAAAUGUAGGGUACGUUUUUCACAUUUUUAAACAAGUAAGACUUGUUCUUUUUAAUCUUUACUGUUGCUUCUGUUCCGGCAAUCACUUUUGCUGCUUUUAAAACUUGGCUAACUUGAUUGACUUACAUAAUACGUACUGAAAUUAAAUUUGUUGAAGGGUCUGUUUUUUAAUGUUUCCUGUGUGUUUUAGAUGUAUAAAGCUUUUCUCUUUGAUUGCACAUUGUAUGCCUUGUGUGUCUGCCCUCUACAAUUGCAAUAGCAGUUCAAAAGGGUAGAGCAUUCUCUCUCUCUCUCUCUCUCUCUCUCUCUCUAUCUGUCUAUCUAUCUAUCUAGUAGUAUCUCAUUGGGCUCAGGUGAUAAAGUGAUGAGUACAGCGUCAUUGUUAUUUUUAGAAUAGCUUUUCCGUGGAGACUGAAAGGGGAGGUGAGGGAUGGGUGGAAAUGCCAGGUCAGAGCUGGGUGUGAAAAGGGAACGGCCAUCCUCACACUCAUGGUAUUUGGAUAGGAACGUUUAUCUGAGAGGGACUGGAGGCCAGAAUUGGGUGUUUGAAAGGGACAAAUGUGGGAAAAUGGCACUUUAUUGGUGAGAGAGAGGCAGAGAAUUGUGUAUCUUAUGUUUAUAGAAGAACGUGUUGAAGAUGAUGAAGAACCACCUUCGCUGCUCAGCUCUUAUGUUUUUUAUGCUGCUGUGGCCGUGGGUGGUGCUGGCUGCUCCAUGUCAGACGGGUCAGGCAUGUGUGUGUCUGCACUGUCCUGCUGGACAGGAGCCGUCCACGGCGUGCAGUGAAGUGGAGUUUCCUGAUGCAGUGGUGGAGUGUCGUCGCUGUCCACCAGGCACUUUCUCAGACUCCCACGGUCCAGAUCAGUGCAGUGUACACACACAGUGCAGGAGCCUGAACCGUCAACUGGUAUCGCCCGGGACCUCGGAAUCUGACGCAGUGUGUGGAGCCUGUCUGCCUGGGUUUUACCCUGCACUGAGUAAACGGAACUCCUUCACCCUGCGUUCUUGCAUGAGGACAUCUCUGGUGCGUUUGCGGCGUAAUGCGGGGAAGAGUGCCCGAGCGGGCGGAGCCGGAUCAGGUGGAGAAGGAGUGGGUGGGGCUAACAGCACAGCUGUGCAUGCAGCAGAGGAGAAGACUACAGAGUAUGCCGUGUUUGCUCUCGUCCCUGUGUUCUGUGUGACGGGCCUGCUGGGCAUCCUCAUCUGCAACCUGCUCAAGAAGAAGGGCUACAAUUGCACAACAGAGAAGGAGAGUGCAGAGGUGGAGGCAGGUGCGCUGCAGAAAGAGGGCAAUCCUUGCCCUUAUGUUAUAGAAGAUCAGAAUGAAGACACCAUAAGUGCAUUGGUGCGCCUCAUCACAGAAAAGAAAGAAAAUGCAGCUGCCUUGGAAGAGUUGUUACUGGAAUAUGAGAAGAAGCAGACAUCUGGUAGCAAAAGAUCCUCAAUCAAGUUCCCUGGCUUCCUCCAGUUCCGCUCGUUGCCCAGGCUCUGUACCCACCAUCAACACCUUCACACUAUCAAUGGUUUGGCCCCACAUUCUGGUCUCGGCUGCUCGCGCUGCAGUCAGAAGAAAUGGCCACAAGUGCUGUUGCCCCUCACCAUAGACACAAAUAAGACAUCCUGUGCCGCAUCUAUCCCCUCCUCACCUGGCGAGGGCAGGGUCCUCAAUGUAGGAAGGUUCCAGGUGGCUCAGAUCCUAGAGGGUGACCCUGUCUCUGUGGAGACGACCCCAGCAGAGUCCAGUGACACCGAUUCGAUAGACUCUACCAACGUGGAGCCUGCUGAAGAAUUAUCCCUUCUGGGCGUGCCCUCUUCUGCGAACUCUCCCUCCUCAAAGAGCGGACAGGAUAUGAGUGAGUGAAUGAACAAGUGGGAGAAAAAGUGAAGCAUCCAUCAGGACUACGUCAUCAACACCACAUUGAGCACAACCUCAUCGGUGGGCUCCUAAGGAAGUGUCGAGGCUGAAGCAGGAUGGGAACUGUAUUCACCCCUAUGGGGAGUUAGCCUUGAAUUCUGGAAAAUAGGAAUUGGUCUUUGUAAGUGUUUUUGAAGCUAUGUUAUUAUGUUAAAAAAAAGAAAACCAUUUGCCUCAGGCCUUGCGAGCUGAGAGUGAAAAUUGUAAGUGAGAAAACUUUCAAGAGGAGAGACGAGACCUGGCAUAGCAGCCUGAUGCAAAACGUGAAAUAUAACUAAACAUUAUGGAAAUUGUAGUGUAGAUCUUUAUAAAUGUCCCGCCAUGUAGAGUAAAUCAUUGCCCCUUCUUAAAGUUAAACAGUGGGCCAGUAAACAUACAGAGAAUAUCCAUCAAAUGUCUUACUAAUACUGAAUAAAUAUUAGUCGGCUGACAUUGAUAGAUCACAUUAGAUAAUCUGACAGGAACAGAUAUCUCAAACACUCACCUUUUUUAUCUUCCAGCCUCCAAAACAGGUACAGCCUGUCAUGCAGUUAAACCACUUAUUUCACAGCUGUAAAUAACUCCUAAUAUGUAUAGUGUAGCAAGUAGGCUGGUAUUAACAUUUAUUUUGUAUUAGGAGCAUAUGAAGCUCUUUCAUGCUAUAGACCUGUGCAGGGGCUUGAUGGGUGGCAUUAAUUUUGUUCUCAUGAAGAGAUAAUGCUCACCUCCUUUUCAUGUCUGAUUUGCCUGAAUAAUAUGGUUCAAAUUCUCAAUGCAUUAGAGUCAGCUCCUGCCUCUGAAGGUGGAAUUGGGUCAUGUUUUAAGUAUUAAGAUCAGAAAAGCUAUAUGCGUUAUGCGUUUAGUUAUAUUUAGCUGUGCUGCUGUUGAGUAUUAGUGUCUGAGCAUUUGCUUUUAAAUCCUGAUCCUUCCACUUAUUGUUCAAUAUAUCAAACCGUAAUGUUUUUCAUGCCCACUGAUAGGGGUGGUAAGGUUUGAAAUUUUCACGGUAGGAUAACCUAGUCUAAAAAUAUCACGGUUUCACGGUAUCGCUGUAUUAAGCAACCAUUUAAAAAUGCACAAUUCGGUGGUGAAAAUGAUAGGGAAAACUUAAUAGGAAAGUUUUUUGGCAACGACUUUUCCAUAAAAUCUCCUAGCCAGUAUUUAUCACAUUGUUAAAAAGCUAAAGCUAAAAAAAAGAGUGGCUUAAGGGAGUCACAGCCUGACACAAAAGGGACCACCAGAGUAAGGAACUUGAUCAGGUAAAAAAAAAGAAAAAAGAAAAACUGUAAUAGAUGGAAAUGCAUUUUUGUGGGUAUUUUGAAGAAAUGAACCAUAAGGAAACCAUCUGAUUAUACACUGUGAAUAACCGUGAAACCACGACACCGUAACAACCCUGAUCAACUGGGGCAGUAGAAAUGCACUGCAAAUGCCUCAGAAGGCUUUUUCAUGCCACCUUCCUCCUCCCGAGGUGUUUAGGCCACACACUGCGCUCAUGCACGUAAAUCAAUACAUAAAGCACUUAAUUAGCUGUGUGAGGUGUGAAAGUUCUGGGAAAAAGCUCUGUGUCCCUUUACGACUGUCCUAGGCUCUUCUUCCUCCACUAUCUUGAUAUUGUCAAGCUAUUAGAAAAAUUAGUAGCAACACAUUUAGGAUUCAGCUUUAUUAUAUUUCAUCUUUACUAAGAGGCCAAGAGGUAAAUACAUUUUUAAAUAGGGUUCCCUCUUGAGAGAAAGACUGAGCUUCCUAACAUAGCUAGCUUUGAUAGCUUACCAAUGCUAGCAAGAUAAUUUCAUACGCAGGUUGCACUAGCUAUCUUAAUUUAACCCUGAGAACAUCUUGUUGCAAUCUACUACUCGAACACAUACAACUGCUAAUGCAAACAGUAAAGCAAAUGGUAUUUCUGAGACACAGUUAGCACAGGUUGUAAACAUAUUAGACUCUUUGCGAAAAGGCAUGCUGGUGUAGCAAAUGCUUCACUAUAACAAUAUGGUAUUUGUUGAAUAUCGCAAAAUAUUGGUACAUGUCUAACCUAGAGUUAAGCUUUUGUUUUAAACUAAAGAGCAAUAUAAGGGGGAAUUAAUGGCCCAUCAAACCACUGUGAUAUCCCAUGGUGCAUCAUCAAAGCUACCUCCCUGUGUAACUAGUUAUCACUUAUAUUUACCUACAAAAUUUUUGUUCAUUUUUUUCAUCCUUGCACAAUUUAGCAAGAGGCCUCUGCAUGUGUGAGAGUUUACACUGAAACGAUGGCCGCUCGAAGCAUAAGAAUUUUGUUUUAAAGUGAAGAUACUGGUGGUACACCUGAAAUACGCACAAGCACACGCGUGCAUAGGCCUCUGCUUAGACAAAGCCACGAACCAGGUGAUGAAAAUAAAUGAACUUCAUUGAUUCUGGUGUAUGGCGGAUAUUAUCACUCCUCUAUUUAGUAUAAUGUUCGCUGGAAACCACAAUGUGAAAAUACUAUAGUCGAAAACUAAGUUAUCAUGUGAAUUGCAUUGGUAUUCAAACAUUGAACAAAUUUCAGAUUUUCAUGUUGUUAAUGUUUUCCUUAUUUUAUUCUUAUGUUUAUUUUUGAAUUUUGAAAACUCAUGAUGGCAGAUAAAGCUACAAGCAACACUGUUACUGCUGUCUAUAUGCACAUUUUAUAAGGAAUAGAAUUUUAUACAUAAUUUUCCAUUCAGCCCUGAUAAAAACAGUAUUUUAUUCUAUUUUUAGGAUCUGACAUCUGUGGGUUCUACCAUACUUAUUAAGGUGUUAAUAACCAGACUGAUGUAAUGAGAAUGGAAAGAAAAGAUUCUCUGCAUCAUUAUUGCUUUUUAUUUAUUUUCAUUAUAACACUAUAAGCUUUUUCUUGAUAUUUGUACUCUUUAAAUAAAGGAUAAGAAUUGAAGAA